AUGGACUACAACUCCCAGCGUGCUUUGCGCGGCGCCGCUCUCGCGAGAGCCUGCGGACGCCCGCCCGGCGCUCCUGACGAGAGCGGGGACGGCCAAGAUGGCGGCGGGGGGAAUGGAGGGUCUUUUCGCGCUGGAGAUGGUGGUGGAGGCUGUGCGGGUGUCGGCGGCGCCGGACCCCGCGCUGCUCCCGGCCGUGGCGCUGCGCCUCUUGGAUUUCCCCGCCCUGUUGCUGCGCCCCGCCGCCGCGCCGCCCCUUCGGCCCGGGCAGCCGUUCCCCUUCGGCCGCGGCAAGCGCUGCCUGUUCCGAUGGCGCCGGGGCUCCCUGUGCGCCGCGCUCCGCCGGCGGCCGCUCCGCGCCCUACUCCUGGCGCUGCCCGCCGGCCCGGGCCGGCCCCGCCUCCUCGGCAGCUGCAGCAUCUCGUUGGCUCCCGCCGCUGCCGAGCUGCUGCAGGGGCCCGGGCCGCCCGACUCCCGCGGCCGCCGCGGGUGCUUCGCGCUGCGGGACCCCGCGGGCCACCCCGUCGGGGAGCUGGUCCUGGGCUACCGCCUCAGCAGCUUGGAGCCCGGCGGACAGCCGCCCCCGCCUAGCCCCGCCGGGCCCCGCGGGCUCACGCCGCCCGCUGCCUCCCCCGAGCCGGAGGAGGUGGCCGACGAGGAGGAGAAGGAGGAGGAGGGCGAGGAGGUGGAGGGCAACGUCUUUUGCCCUCCCGUUCUCUAUUACAGCCGAGAACCAGCCGAGCCUCAUCCGCAGUCAGAAGCGAAAGUUGGCGGGAGAUGGGAGCGUGUCGAGGCCGGGACACCCGAGGAGCCAGAAAAGGGCCCAAUCCCCCCACGUCCCAGUGCUGGGCCCUCUUUGCUGCACCCCACUAGCUCUUGGCAACUCCAUAGCACCCUGGGGCAGCUGCCGCUACUCAGUGCCUUGCUGGCAGAGCUCUCUGUGCUCGCCCGUGGUGCUCCAGCUGCUGCUGCCCAUCCCCGUCAGGCCUGGCUCUACCAGGCCCCGGGGAGCGGUGGUGUGGCCUCCCACUCUCCCAGCCCCAGCCGCUCCUCUGCUCCCAAGCCUGCAGAGAUACCUGCGGGGCCAGGUGGGAGCACUGGAGCUGCCAGCCCUCAAUUCAAAAAAGGCCAGCAAGAGACCACCUCACUAGGAUCUUCCUGGGCUGGGAAAGGACCUAAGAAAGCUGUGCCCCAGGGAGAGACAGGCUCUGAAAGGCACUGCACAACUAAGGAAAACAGACCUCCCAGAAGGAAAUUGUUGUAUGGACUAACAAAUACACUGAGGCUACGACUGCAGCAGAACAACCCUGAUAAGCUGAUAAUCCAUGAAAGGAGAGAGCAGUACAGAAAAAAGCAAAUGGAGAUGCUGAAGCGGAGAAGCCCUUUAUCCAAAAAUAUGCCACUCAGAAAUGCUGGAGAACAGGAUGCGGUUUCUUGCAGGCAUUGUAGCAAGGGAGACCCUUCAAAGCAGAAUAAUCGGUUUGAUAAAAAUGUUGAGACUUCAUUACAAAACAGUGUUCUCACUGAGUAUGUUUCCAUGAUGGAAGAUAUGUCCCCUAAUGUGAAGAAACCGGCUAUUGAAAGCCUGUUGAAGAAUGAUGGCAUUGUAAACAAAGAACAUCUAUGCAAGGUGACUGCAGCCCCCUUAGUGGAUGAACCUGUAUUAAAAUCCACAAACAAGGAAAAUUAUGCGAAAACCCAAUUUCCAGCAGCUUUCUCAGGAGAUGCUAAUGUGAAGGGGAGUAAUGAAGAAGUGAGAGACUUAAUCCAUCAUAAAACCACAGACCAUGAUGAUGUGUCUGUUUCAAAUGAUCAUAAACCAAGCCCCAGCAGGAGUGUUGAAAACAACUCUGAAUUCAUAUACUCAGAUGACUUUGUUGCUAGUCCUGGGAACACAAAUUAUUCAGAAGAUUUUACCAGUUUUGAGUGUACGGGCAGAGACUUGGAAGCUCUUGAGAGCAGUCCUGAGCCUCCAUGGCCUGAAAGCCCAAAGCAAAGUUGCUCAGAUGCAGAGUCGGAAUCCAGCAGGUCCAGAAUUUCAAAGACAAGUCAAAGACGUGAAAGUACUUCAGAUCUUCUGCCAAUUCCCUCAGUUUCAUCUCCAGUCCAGUCUUUGAAGAGAAACCAUGACUUGAAAAACAGCAUGCGAAGCAGUGUUGAAUCUGUUGAUUCUCGUAAUGAUGCCUUCAUUCAACCAAGGUUUUUAGAUGAAGAGCAGGAAGCCCAACAGAGCAGUAAGGAGGAGAACAGGGGUGAUGGGCAUGUUAAACAAGUAUCUAUGCUGAGAAGCAAACAAGCUAAUUCUGACACUGAUGUGAAUAUAAGAAAGGGUCAGACCUCUGCAGGAAAAAGCCAGUCAGUAACUCAAGUGAGCUCUUACUUGUCGUCUAACAUGUCUGAUAUUGAAGUUAGCGUCCUGGAAAACAGUAUGCCAGACAAAGAGGAUGAUUUUCUGGGAAAACUCUCUCUUCCUAGUCAAUACAAAGACAUUAGUGAACUUGUAAUAAACAAACUUCCAGGAUACACAAUGUAAUUGCAAGUUUUCACUGCCUGGAUUAAGAGAUUAUAUUUGAACUUUAUAAGGCCUGUUAGAUUUAGCUGCAUUAUUUAAGUCUUUAUCAUGCAUAUUUAAUACGUAGGUGAAUUUACUUAAAAGGUUUUUAAAAUAAACUACUAUUUGAAUCUCUAACAAAUAGCUCCUAAAUGGUACGUACCGCAUAAUCUCCACAAACGUAAUCCAAACAGCACAAGAAACAUAAUUUACUGUCAAAAGCAGAAAUGAAGACAGAAGCAGCAAAUGCAGUCACUACCCACAAGACCUGUCCAGGGUAGAAGGACUUCUGUAUUACAGAAACAGACAAGUACAAAGCAGCAUUUGUAACUGAACAUUGUUUAACCCCUCAUGAAAAUAUUUUUCCACCAAUAUUUUUAUCUAAAAAUAAGUAGAUGAAAUUAUCCAUAUAUUAAAGGAAUCUCUGGCCAGAGUAAUUUGUACAUUUUCUCUGUUUCAUCAGCUCCAAUACCAAAAUUCUUUUUUCUUGUAAUGCUGUGGACUUCUUUGAUACUCAUGGGUUCAGACUGUCAUUCAUACAUCGCAGUAAUUCUGAUUUUAUUGAUGGAACUUGCAGUUCUCAUUGGCAAAACUGUUAUUAAAAUACAGUGCUGCCCAACCAUUUUUUCCGUGCAGCUAUUUAAAUGAGUUGCUAACACUAAGAGUUCGCAAUUUAAAGAUCAUUACUUAAGUAAAGUUUAUUUUAAAAAUAAAGUGUCCUUUCAACCCCAUAUGGGCUGAAACUCAAGUGCAAAUUCCCAGUCCGUUUUUUAUCCCCUAUCCGAUCUUCACUUUUCUGUUUCCAGAGGCAAAUAUGGUAGGAACAAUAUUUCUUUUGUUUAAAUAAUGAAACUAAUCUCUUUUAAAAUAAAUUUAUUUAAAAUAAAUUUAUUUUAUUUAAUAACAUUUAUAAUGUUUCUGUGUAAUAGUAUUUAUAAUUUUAUCAGGAAAACGAUGAAAAUGACAGAAAAUGCAUACUAGGAAGACAAUAGGAGACAUUACACAAAACCAGCGUAUCAGCCUCAUGCUAACACGCUUUAGUUUCCUUUUGUCAUUUCAAAUAUAAAGGCAGGGUAGUUAUUGCAUGGAGAGGUUAACAUAGUCUUUUCAGAUAUUGUCUAUGUUGUGAGGGUAAAUGAAAUUUUAUUUAAUAUUCAAACAGCAACUCAGUCAACAAAAAUGUGAAAGAACUUUGUGUCACGGAUUUAUCAUCGAAAACUCACAAACCAAUAUAUUGGCAAGAAGUACUGGCUAAUGACAAGGAUAGUCUAAAUGUCAACACAACAGAGGAAAACAGAUAUUUACUAUCAGUAUAAACUACAAAAAAAAGCCAUCAAAUUCCCCUUUGCACAAAUCCUGUAACAGUCUACACUCAACUCAUUAUACUAGCCAGCCAAUUUUGUCAUUAUGGCUUACAUCCUUUACCCCUGUGAUCCAGUUGUUAACGUCAGAGGUUUAAUAAGAGAUUUCUCUACUUUAAUGGAAGUAUUACUCCAAUUUUUCAUAGACGUAAUUUCUAAAUUGUAAGAGCUAAAUUGCAUGACUUGUGUUUGUGCUGGGGACAUGGCAAUAUGCUGGAAAAAACAAAUAAUAGUAGCAUAUUCUCUGCAGUUCUUGCACAGCCUUCCCAGAAGUAGCAUAGAUACUUCAGAUUAUGUGCCUGUUUCUUGCAUACUCCAUAGCAUCUCAGGAAGCAGAACCACAAUGGUAGAGUUGGGGUCUUAAAGGGAAGUAUCAGGAGAAGUGUCAGUACUCUCUCUCUGGUAGCUCUGCACUGCUAUUCUGAUUCAGUCCCGAGAAAGCCAAUGGAUUGGAAAACCACUUUACCAGAAAACAACUCAAGUAAAACGGUUCCCUAAGAGCUGCUUCACAGACUAAAGAAAGAGCAUACAGAUGAAAAGUCAACCCCUGUCCCCCUAUACAUGAAAAGCUUUAUUUGAAAACUCAGCUUUUUGAGGAAUAAUAUCUAACUUCCAAAUGCAUUCAAUCCGUGGUUCUUUGUCAGAGUUCCUGGCAACAUUAUUAAUUAGUAGUCGUUACAGAGGGCUCUUAUCCACUGUGAGACUGAUGUAAAACCAGAAUGGUUUCUUGCAGUCCCCCAGCCUUCUGCUUGUCAGAGCUUUCAGUUGUCACUGAAGGUUGAGCGAUCCCCAUGAACUGGUGCUCUCUGUUACAGAUUUGUUACGUUUGAUAGAGCCAAUGGCUAGCCAUAACGCAGUGGCACAAACCCAAAAUUUCUACUAAAAGCUCCCUGUUUCCUAAUUUCCCAUAGCCCUCAGAGAUUUCAGAUAAAUUUUGACUGAAUUUGCUGUGGUUUUUGUUUUGGUCUCAUUGACCCAUUAACUCUAAAAUAUUUCCUGUUUCACACUAUUAAGCAGUAAACUACAGUUACUUAAAGUUUUGCAUUGUUUUUGGUUACACUUUAAACUUCACUACAGUGAAAUUAAAAUGUGAGAAGUAAUUACCUGAGUUUAUUGUAGAAUCUCACCAAACAAAGCCAUCUAGCUUCUUACUUUUGACUUGUUACUUUUGCUACUGAUCUUUGCUUUAAAUCUGUACAAUAUUCUAGAAAUAAGGUGGGUGAGUUUUCAAAACCAUAGUUUUAUUGCUUAAGAUAAAGCUGGUUAAAUCAGCUGAAAUAAAAUUGAAAUUAAUAUUUCAUCACAAACCCCCAAACAAUAAAUAAAUUCUUAGAUACAUUAAUUCUCAGAAUUUAUGGCCCUAAACCAAGUUUUCUCUGAUUGUCUUUUAAAGUGUUAUUUCAACAUACUAUCUAUUAAAAUAAAGUUAGGUAGCCAGUACUGUAUAACUGGUGGUGUGAUGGGAAAAGCAGGAUACCAAAGACUGACAAUUUGGGUCACUUUACCUCUUCUAACGUAAAGUUUUCCUGCUGCAAGGUAAUGGCUAGGAAGAUUUCUAAGAAGUCCCAACCAGGCAUGUUUUUCCCACUUCAUUUUUUAUUCCUCUGCUCUCAGCACUCUCAUUAGACGAUAUAGUUUCUUUUCUGUUUGUGAUUUCUCUGAUUAUAGUUCCUGCAACCUAUUUUACAAUUUGUAAUCCUGUCAUCAUUUUGGAAGCCCUUUUCCUCAGUUUUCUGAAAUUAUAUCCAGCUUUGGUAACUGUGUAAUUGAAUUUUUUGGCAGAGUUACUCAUCCUUGCUAUUUUCAUUUUUCCUAAAUCCCAGUAUUUUUUGAUGCCUGCUAUUGUAAUAAUUCUGUUUCUCUUCAUAUAAGUGCUGCUCAAAGUUAAAUGCUAGUUAUUUAGAAAUCUUUGGGACUUUGCUUUCCUUUUCUCACCAUUUGUCACCAGCAUCUACUUUACUGCUUGCUCAGCUUUGAUUGUCUAGAAAGAAGUCAAAUAAUUCAAUCUUACAUUCAUAUACUUAAAAGGUUUAGUUGACUUCUACAUGCAGGAUCUUCACCAGCUCCUGUGAAAUGCGUAUUCAGAGCUGCAGAGUGACCAUCCAGGACUGUGAACAUUUGCCUAUGGUUAUCAGACAUCAGGUUUCUCUACCUCUCCCAAACCCUGCCUUUAGAAUCACAGAAUGGUUGGGGUUGGAAGGGAUUUAUGGAGAUCUGCUAAUCCAAAUCCCGGCUAAAGUAGGCUCACCUAGUGCAGGCUGCACAGGAACACGCCCAGGCAGGUUUUGAAUAUCUCCAGGAAGAUAUUCAAUAGCAGAAAGAAAACCCUUUUCUAAAGUUUUGAUUUCCAAACUAACCUUUUUUUUCUAAGAUGUCUGAGGCCAUUUCUGUGAGAACAGAUGCUGGCUUUAAUUUAAUAUUCAUUUAGAGCUAAUGGCAAUCACAUCUGCUAUAGCUAAUGUCUGCUACCAGCUAUCUGCUUGGGUUUUCCAUCCUCCCUUUUAGUCAGUGUACUGUUUGGUUUUAAUUUCAGUUUUGGUCAUAUUCAGAUUCUUUCAUUGUUUUAAAUUCCCUGUGUGUACGCAGUUCUAUUAUGUAGAGUCACCAGGAUGAGCUGCAGCUUCACUGACAUUUUUGUGCUUGGCAUUGACAUUCACCUGUUUGAACGAUUUUUGAUUUUUUCUGGCUUUUAUGGUUUCACUUGUCUGAAUUUUGUAUGACAGUUGUAAUGUAAAUUUCCCCUGACUUUACAGAUUUGCUUGUAUAUUCCCAGGAAGUGAGUCAAUGUUCUCUAUUGGUUUCUAGAGGAUGAAUAUGAAUGUCUCAUUCUAGAGAAAACAGUAUUAAUCUUCAGUUCUGCAGAGACCUCUGCAAGUGAUUCAUUUACCAAUUGUUUAAAAUAAUAUAGCUUGGUAGAGGAAAUGUUUGAAUAACAUCUGAGAUACACAGUACACCUAACUGAAUUAACAUUGCAAGACUGAUUCAGGUACAGUUAAUAAAAAUAAACCAACAAACACUCAAGUGUUAAGUAAAAAACCUUCAGAUUAUAUGCAUUUAUUCUAAUCAUAAACUUUUUUCAAACAUUUUGGGUGAAAGUCUAAUAAUUUCCUUCAUAUAUUCCAGUAUCUGAGCUAGUUCAGGUAAGAAUUUGGUUCUCCACAUAUCCAUUAACAGAAGGUAGCCGGUUUUCAAAGGGAAGCAAAAGUAUUUACAUGGUCAAAUCCCCUGAAAUUCUAUGGGAAUUAGUCACCUCAAAAAAAAAAGGUCACAGAAUGGAAACCUGUGUGGAGGGUUUUAACUGUAUUAUCUCUUGGCAUGCAAAAAUGUUUUUGAAAGAAGAUAAGUCAUACUUCAAUAAAUAUUUGCAGAGCCAUUUGGAAAGUUUAGUGAUGUCAUGAUUGAAAGAAACUCCCUUGGUGUCAAGGAAAUUCCAGCUCCAUUCCUCUUGUCUUUAACUGUCACUAGAUUUAGUAUUUUUCCUGUCCCUUAUCCUUGUACUAAGAGUACAUAACGUUUGACUCUCCCCUAAAUUUCAGUGCCACCAUGCAGUCCUUCUUGUUAUUCCUCACAGUAUCUCCAGAACCUUAUUUCAGGGACUGCCUGUCCUGCCCCUUCCAAAUCACUGCUGUUCCUGUCACCUUGAUGCUUUGACUAUUCCAGCUUCUCCUGAUCACAUAUUUCAUGCCAUUUCUAGAAGUCAGCUUACCCAUACUGAUCAUCUGAAAAAAAUCCCUGAACACUUCUCAGACACCUUUACUGGCUUAUUCUCAUCUUUGAUAUCAAACUGAAGAUCUGCCCAUUGUCUGCUGGGUUCUGAAUGAUUUAUCUCUUUCCUGCUUCCAUGCACCUUAGUUUCCUACUCUGUGCCCAUUUUAA